CUUUCUUGGUUUCUACAAGUAUCGUCAUCAACAACCUGACUUCACCUUCUCGUUUCAAAAGGAGUCCCGCAAACUUAGUAGCGAUCUCGAGGAAUUGAUGAAAGAAAAUUCAGAAGCAGUUAGAGUUUACGCAGGCCGAUCUGCGUUUCGUCGUGUAUCACACAACUACGGUGAAUAUCUGCGUUUAUCCACCUUAUGGUCUGCGUUCCGUUGUGCGACCCUCAGCUAUAAUCAGUUUUAUUUUUUUAUUACCGCUCUAAAUAUUAUACUUACUCCUAUUGAUCUUCAACUAUAUAAGAAUCAUCGUGAAAAAUAUCCUGAUGUUCAGAUGUUUUGGAAUGACAUAGAGGCAUCUGUCGCCAAUUCGAGUCUACAAUUAGAUAAGGUAAAUACGGCUCGAACAGUAAUGCAUGGCACCGAGAGGUUGAUCAAAACCGCCUUCAACGAAGUUGAUAGCACACUGAAAACCAAUGUUUCUAAUAAUGGACCGAAUCCCUAUUCACUACAUCAUUCACGGAUGAAUACGAAUUUCAAGAAUGAAAGAAAACGACCAGUCGAAGAGCCCUCUCCUGUUACUACACCUCCUAACCUUCGCAAUCACUCUCCCCCUCCUUUUAACAGCAUGAAUAAUUCUUUCAACGGAGAAUCAACCGAAAUUGAGAAAGAGUCAAUUGAAGCCUCUCCAGAAUUAAAUGUCCAUGAAUCCGAUAUAGAGAUUACGCAUGAAGAUUACAAUGAAAAUCCUUUCGAUGUAGGAGAUGGAUCAAGAAAUCAUAAGUGGGUUGUAGAUGGUCACAACAUUUCUCUUGAUUUCCGUAAAUUUCAAUUAGCAUCAAUAAAUCUUUUAGAGACUAAUCCAACCUUUUUAUACGUAAAAGAUAUGGAUCGGAUUCUGUGUUUAUCAUCUAUAAUGUAUUGCAAUGAAGUCAAGCCGGAAUUUGUAACAUGUUCCGAAAAAGUAUGGAAUAAAAUUCGUCCAAGACUCCUAGUGCCAAAGAUGUUGCCAUCUGUCGUACAUUUAAUAAUAAUUGAAUAUAAUAUGCUUUUAAACGACAAACAGUUAUUGGACACAAAGUGGCAUGAGAAUUGGGCCAAAUGGAGUACACUGUCAACAGACGAGGAUAAAUCCAUCUUCGAUUUGAGUUUCGAUGAGGAUAAGAAACUGGACGAAGAUACCUUCGUUCACCGAUAUUGUCAUAGACUUCUUGAAGAAAUUUUUAGUAAAGAUGAUUUUACAUCGAUCUGGGCAAAUGGUGAGUCUGAAAGUUCGAAAGAAAGACGAAUACUAGACGGAAAGAAUCACGGAAGAAAACCGGACUUUCGUAUACUCUCAAAGAUAGAUGAUGUAAAUACGGAAUUUUUAUUCGGCGAAAUUAAACCUCCAAACAAUUCAACUUCCAUAAACAAAAGUAUAGUAAAGUUGGCGGAAUUCACGAAAGGUUCUUUAGAUCUUAUUAUUUAUAGUUAUGGUUACGUUGACGGUCUGGAAACAUUUGGAGUAUUGAUUCAUGGAAGCGAAAUAAAGAUAUUUAGUAUGGACUUAGCUUUUGACGGUUUAUACCGUUUCAAUCAAUUAUCAAAAAUCUUGUUACCAACGGAAAAUGCGAAUUUUCUAAAUAUCAUUACCGUAAUAUCUACUUUUUAUUCCUUAUUGGAAAGGAUAAGAUCUACAAUUGUUACUAUGAAUUCAUCUCAACCAUCAUCCUCCGGUCACUUGUAUUGUCGAAAGUCGAAUUCGUCACCUAAAAAAAUACGUAUACCGAUAGUUAGAGCUUAG